AUGGAGGAGGACAACGCUGCCGCGGCUCUCGACAAUAUUGUGACGGAAUUUCACACAUACGAAGAUUUCCUCGACUCUCAAAUUACGUCUUUGGACUUGUAUUAUUUCGAGGUAACGUUUUAAAAGUGUUUGCAAAUGUUUUGAUAAAUUGCUGCCAGCGUUUACCCCCACACCCGACGUGUCGUUGGCAAGUUGGCAAGCCAAACUUCCUUUGCUAACGUUACGUAGCUAGCUAACCUAGCGAUAGAUUAACAUAGCUUGCCAUAUGCAGUUGGCAUUACUUGGUUGACAUUGCUAUUGUACCCCCUUGUGCAAUGCAAAAAGUUCUGUGUAGUCUACCUUGGAACAUGUUUGUUGUGGUAGUCAAAAUUAUCAGGCGGUAGGUGGCAGUAUAGGCCUUGACUUCAGUGAGUCAUUCAUUGGUACGUUCAUUAAGGAAUAAAGUCAAAGCUGUGUUCGAAUAUCCAUACCAACAUACUGUAUACUACAUACUUAAUGAGUAUGUACUACAUACUAUUAGUUCAUUUUAGUAUACUGUAAACGAACGGUGUCGUUUCAGUUGAGCCUGGACACUUACUGACAGUUGUGGCUGCUUCACGUGAUGUACUGUUGUCUCUACCUUCUUGCCCUUUGUGCUGUUGUCUGUGCCCAAUAAUGUUUGUACCAUGUCUUGUGUUGCUACCAUGCUGUGUUGUCAUGUGUUGCUGCCAUGUUAUGUUGUUGUCUUAGGUCUCUCUUUAUGUAGUGUUGUGUUGUCUCUCUUGUUGUGAUGUGUGUUUGGUCCUAUAUUUAUAUAUAAUCAUUUUUUAAAUCCCAGCUCCCGUCCCCGCAGGAGGCCUUUUGCCUUUUGGUAGGCCGUCAUUGUAAAUAAGAAUUUGUUCAUAACUGACUUGCCUAGUUAAAUAAAGGUUAAAAUAAUAAUAAAAAAGUGUACUACUAGUGUUACGCCUGUCUACCGGAAGUUGAUGCUGUUGCUAUGCAACAUCUUACUAGCUUGUUGGCGUAACACGUUACUGGCAAGAUGUUUUACGACUUCGGGUGUGUUCGUAAAUUCAUUCUGGAGUGCCAGAGUGCGCUCUGGGGGUUCGUAAAUUCAGAGCGUUGUCAGUUUGUAAAUCCAGAGCGUUGUCAGAUUGUCAGUUUGUAAAUCCAGAGCGUUGUCAGAUUGUCUGUUCGUAAAUCCAGAGCGUUGUCAGAUUGUCUGUUCGUAAAUUCAGAGCGUUGUCAGAUUGUCUGUUUGUAAAUUCAGAGCGUUGUCAGAUUGUCUGUUUGUAAAUUCGAGCGUUCAGAACGCACACUGGAGGAGUAGGGUUGAUUCAAGCGUUCUGACCCCACAACGGCAGUCAAGCACCCAAGCUAACUGGCUAGCUACUUCCAAUACAAAUGAGAAACCUCACUGACCAUUUUACUCGCCCUAGCAGAGCUGGUUAGGCUGUUUUCAUGUUAUCCAGAGCGUUGGUGACUGUAACAGUGCUGGCAACAAUUUAAUUACGCCUUUUUUCCCCCCGACGUUUACUGACACCGGCGGUAUUCAACGGGGGUUGAGGGUUCUUAACAGUUCAUCAGUUAUUCUGCGCUCUGGCACACUCAGACGAGAGUGUUCUGAAAUUGGAGUAGAUAGCCAGAGCGAAUUUACGAACGCACCCAAAUUAACAAUGUCAAUUGAGAACGCACAAGGACUAUACCACUUAGCUAAGAUAAGAAUGACGUGAAUAAUCAAGUCAAUGGGUAGUUAGUUAGAUAUCAUAUAAUUAAUAUACUGGCAAGUUCAAUGUAUUAGGAGCAGACUAACGUUAGGUAACUUAGCUAGCUAACAUACCGGUACACAUACUGCUGUAAUGCUAUGCGGUUCGUAAGGAUAGCGUAGCUAACAAAUUAUCAGACAACAUUUUUUAAAUUUUUUUUUAUUUAAUUUUUUAUUUAACCAGGUAAGCCAGUUGAGAACAAGUUCUCAUUUACAACUGCGACCUGGCCAAGAUAAAGCAAAGCAGUGCGAUAAAAACAACAACACAGAGUUACAUAUGGGGUAAACAAAACAUACAGUCAAUAACACAAUAGAAAAUGUAUAUACAGUGUAACAUAACGUGUGACUUAAGUUAUUUGAAAAGUAAUUACUUUAUUACAUUACUCAACAUUUUCUUAACAUUUGUCAUAAUUAGUUAAAGCAAUGAAUUUGUAUCCUCUCUCGUCAGACUUCGGCUGCAUAUUUUCCGCCAUUUUCAUCAAAUCUGAAAACAUUGUGAAGCCACGCCCAUUUUCGGAAUAAUUGGAUUAUGGGCCCUAAAAGCACGGAAAUAGUGUCCACUGCUUGUAUACUUAAGCAAUAAGACCCGAGGGGGUGUGGCAUAUUUACAUGUACUUUUUAGUUAUUUAGCAGACGCUCUUAUCCAGAGCGACUUACAGUUAGUGAGUGCAUACAUUUUCAUUCUUCUGCACAUCUAUCACUCCAGUGUUAAUACUAAAUUAUAAUUGUAAUUAUUUUGCACUAUGGCCUAUUUAUUGCCUUACCUCCAUAACUUACUACAUUUGCACACACUGUAUAUGGCCAAUAUACCACGGCUAAAGGCUGUUCUUAUGCACGAUGCAACGCGGAGUGCUAGGACACAGCUCUUAGCCGUGGUAUAUUGGUCAUAUAUCACAAACCCCUGAGGUGCCAUACUGCUAUUAUAAACUGGUUACCAACGUAAUUAGAGCAGUAAAAAUAAAUGUUUGUCAUACCCAUGGUAUACAGUCUGAUAUACCACGGCUUUCAGCCAAUCAGCAUUCAGGGCUUGAACCACCCAGUUAAUAAUUGGUAUUUUGCCGAAUGUAGUACGACAUCAGGGAACCUUUGACAUACUAACUAUAUCCAUACUAUGACCAAUAAGCAUACUACAUACUCAAUUUAUGUCACAAAUAGUAUGGUUAGUGAGAGGAAGCCCAGUGGCCGACAGUGGGAGAAGAUGGAUUUUGGCCGACAUUCUGCAAAUUUUCUCAUCGAUGACAUUUGAGCUCAAUACAGUUUUCUGUUCCCAAAAUUAGAAUCUGUUAUGAACAGUGGACUACGUUUUGUAGACUUUAACCUUUGCCAAAGUUGUAAAAAAUUGCGUUGUUUAGAAGGAGUGCAAAGGCGAAUUGAGUUAACCCGCACUUCACAGAGUUGGUGUUUCCUAAUGGGAUUAUGCAGAUGUAUGGUAGAACGGGCCAAUAGGAUCUCGCUAGCUCCUGCUUGGCUCUGCCCACCAUCUUGCUUGUUCUGCCCACUAUGAAUCAUUUGUUCCUAUUGGAAACGACAGGCUGUGGUCUAUCUUGGUUUAGUUAUACAAAUCUUUGAUAAUACUAUCCAGAAAUACUCCAAAGAAGUCAAACUGUUCAACUCAGUGUUUUCCACAAGACAAUGCACAUUUUUGUGCUAGCCCUGCACUGGCACACCUUAGUCACCUAAUCACCAAGCCUUUUGAUUUGUUGAAAUAGAUGUGCUCAUGCUUGGUUAGAACCCAAAUGUGCACUGUCACUGACUGUUGAGAAACCCCUAGCUUUAUGCAAUCAUCAUUCUACAACACCUAGGCUUAGCCUUCUUGUCCAAUCUAUAAUCCAUCUAGUGUUGGCUCCCUUAGCCAAUGUCUAGGCUUUAACUCAGAGGUCUAACACUGUCUGUGGCGGAUUUGAACCCAGUUGGUUGAUUUCCAUAAACAAACUGAACGUGGCCCCAUGUUGUCCCUGACAGGAAUAAAUGGUACAUUUAUCUUAUUAUCUCCUUGCUUACUUAGGAUUUGUUAAUGUGGCGUUAAAGUGAUGAGGUUUAUAAACAAGUCAGCUGUUAGUUAACUAGGUCUAGUAUAUCUCAUUAGCCAGAAUAAUAUGCAAUUGUUGAGGCCCCCUGUGGACUAAUAACUAAUACAUUUAUUAUCUGACUGCUUGCUUACUUUUGUUAAUGUUAAUGUGGUGUUAAAGAGAUGAGUCACUCGCUAGGCCUAGUUUAGGUCAUUAGCCCACAAUAUAAUAUUCACUUUAAAGUGUGCCUUGUUUCAGCACUACCUCCCAGAGACAGUUGGGUCAUUCCUAGGCAGAGAAUGUUUAUGUUAAAUGACAGUGAUUAGCAUCAUGGAAACAUUAUUUAUUUAUUUUCCUGAGAAGGGACUCAUUUUUAUCAGUCUAAUCAAUCCAACAAAGACAUUUUUAAAAAAUCCUCCAAAAAAAUGGUGGUCAUGAAAAAGGGCUAAAUUAGUUUAUACUGAACAAAAAUAGACACAACAUGCAACAAUUUCAAAGAUUUUACUGAGUUACAGUUCAUAUAAGGAGAUCAGUCAAUUUAAAUAAAUAAAUUAGGCCCUAAUCUAUGGAUUUAAAAUGACUGGGAAUACAGAUAUGCAUCUGUUGGUCACAGAUACCUUUUAAAAAAAGUAGGGGCGUAGAUCAGAAAACCAAUCAGUAUCUGGUGUGACCACCAUUUGCCUCUUGCAGCGCGACACAUCUCCUUCGCAUAGAGUUGAUCAGGCUGUUGAUUGUGGCCUGCGGAAUGUUGUCCCACUCCUCUUCAACGGCCGUGCGAAGUUGCUGGAUAUUGGCGGGAACUGGAACACGCUGUUUUACACGUUGAUCCAGAGCAUCCCAAACAUGCUCAAUGGGUGACAUGUCUGGUGAGUAUGCAGGCCAUGGAAGAACUGGGACAUUUUCAGCUUCCAGGAAUUGUGUACAGAUCCUUGCGACAUGGGGCCGUGCAUUAUCAUGCUGAAACAUGAGGUAAUGGAGGCGGAUGAAUGGCACGACAAUGGGCCUCAGUAUCUGCCAUCUGACCGGUACAGUUGAAACCGGGAUUAAUCCGUGAAGAGCACACUUCUCCAGCAUGCCAGUGGCCAUUGAAGGUGGGCAUUUGUCCACUGAAGUCAGUUACGACGCCGAACUGCAGUCAGGUCAAGACCCUGGUGAUCCUUUUUCAGUUCAUGAAACAUGGGACCAACACUUUACAUGUUGCGUUUAUAUUUUUGUUCAGUGUAGUUUGACUGUCCAAUCUUUUUUUUUUGUAAUCUUUUUUAAAAAUAUAUGUAAAUCUUUUUUGAUCCCUGUCAAAGGGGGGGUAUUUGUCAGUCAAUAUGAGAAAUGUCAUAAAUUCAGUUCACAGAAGGCCACUAGGCCUAUAAAGCUUGGCCAGCAGAUGGGACUAUCGACUAUUGCUGAGGAGUUACAUAACGUUCAGCUGAAUAGCCGGGCCAUGCUGGAACACCUGUGUCCACAGAGGGUAGAACACAACACGUAUCUCACCUGGUUAUCAGCCAUGGACAAACAGUAUCAAACUCUAUCACCUCCCUCACUUGGCUGGUCAGGUGUGGACACACUGCAGUCAACCCAGGUCUAGGCUAAACCUGCGCAGUCAUGACUUGUGUAGGUAUUGAUCAAGUGUGUUGUUGCCAAUGGUUUUUCUAUGGACACUUUAACUGACACUGUUGUUUGAUAGCAUUUAGGCCUAGGUUAGUCAAAUGUACAUUUCUGAAAAUCUGACUAGGGUUUUCCCCAGAGUCAGGUAUUUAGAGAGUUGGUAUAUUGAGGUUUCAGCGUUAUGAUAUUCAAAAUUAAAAAAAAUUGGCCCAACUCUCUAAAUACAUUGCUCUGGUUUGCUCUGGUUUGCCCUAUAACAUCUAGGCCUACAGGAAACCCCAACAACCAGUCAGAAGUUUAUUUAGAUAACAUUUUUGGUUUGAGUCCAUUCAGCAACAUAAUCUCAGUUGUUUAAAACAAGCAAAUCAAGUUUGAAUAGCAGAACUCAGAACAGUCAAAUGGAUUCAGUCAAUGAGCCUUGACGUGACAACGAAUGAAGACAGUGAACACCAAUCACUGACCGAAUAAAGCUAUUUUGGAAACAAUAGAACUCUAGCAGAGACUGGUUUGCUUGGAAUGGUUUGCCACAUGAAAGAUGAAGGAAAAAAAAUUUUCCCUGACUUUUCUGGAUGCCGAGGCCUGAGGACUGGCUGGAUGAGGACUGUCUGGGCUUGGCUUAGCCUAGUUUGGGUAGUAGAAUGACAUGUGGCGCAAGCCUUGAUCCAACAAGCCAACCAGCCACAGGCCUGGGUUGGGUUGGGCUUAAAAGGGGAUAGCUCUGUUUAGAUGACUGGUCAUGAUGAUGUGUACAUAUCAAGCUAUGUCCUUACCACAGAUUUGACCACAAGCAUGCUGCCUCCCUUAACCUAACCCCAACGACCUCCGCUAUGCACACACACACACACACACACACACAAUCUUUUUUUAAAUCUACAAUUAAUCUUUAGCUGACUGUCCACUUGUGUUUUGCAUUGUCUGCUCCAGCCUCCAUUCAAAAAGAAGCACAACGUGUGUGUGUUUAUUUUCAUUGGUUCAUCAGGAUGAGGAGUUGGCCCGCCAGCUGGUGGAGCUUGGCUAUAGGGGCAGCGGAGAGGUCCUGAAGAGGGAGGAAUUUGAGACCAGGAAAGCAGCUGCAGAGGCCUCCAGGCUCUCCAAGAGGAGCCAGCAA